UUGAAUAUGGACCGCCACCAUCAGCAUCUGACAUGGGAUUAGAUGAUCAUGCAAAAGAAAUCACCGACUUACUGGAGAUGGAAGUCGAUGAUGAGGUGCGCAUAAUUGGAAUCCAUGGAACUGAUGGAAUUGGCAAGACGACUGUCGCCAAGGCUGUAUAUGACCUCAUCUCUUCUUGUUUCGACAAUCGUAGCUUUCUCGCAGAGGUCAGAGAAACUGAACAAGAUGCUACUGGCAUUCAGUUUUUGCAAACUAAGUUGAUUCGUGAUAUCCUUGAACGGGAUCGUGAUGAUCCUUCUUUUGGUGAAAGAAUAGAAGAUUUCCUGGAUAUAUUUCGUGAAAGAAAAGUUCUAAUAGUCAUCGAUGACGUGGAAGAGCAAUCCCUUCUCCAUGCUAUUGUAGGAGAACAGCUUCACUGGUUUGGUCCAGGUAGUCGAAUAAUUGUGACUUCUGAAAAUGAGGAAAUUCUCAAAGAGUAUGAUCCCGAGAAGGCUCGUACGUACCUGGUUAGUGCAUUGGAUGAUGGUCAAGCUUUUGAACUCUUCUGCAAGCAUGCAUUCAGGAUGCAAUCUUCCAUACGUGAAUUUGAUGGGCUCGCAAACCGCAUUGUUAAUGCUACCGAGAAACUACCAUUAGCAGUUGAAGUUGUCGGUUCCUUUUUGAGGGGUAAAUCAAUUCAAGAAUGGGCAAAGAUGGAGAAGUCAAUGAAAGAGCGCACCAGGAGUUCUGGAAAGACUACGGUCGGCCCGGAAGAGAUACUGGAUAUAUGUUACAGAGAAUUAGAUCAAAAGCAAAAAGAUAUAUUUCUGGACAUAGCAGGCUUUAUCUCUGGUGUGGAUGCUCGAAUUGCUUCAUAUAUGUGGCCCAAUGAUGAUCUUCCAUCUUCUGGUUGCAUUCUGAUGCCCCUGGCAAAAACUGGAGAAAACAAUGAAUUGCAGAUGCACAGAUUGCUAAGAUGCAUCGGCAAAGGAAUUUGUAAGCAAGAGGAGUCUCAAGACCCAAGAUCCAGAAGAUUUUGCACACAGGAUAUGAUUCUAAAGGCAAUGAACAGGGAGAUGGGAAUGGGAAAUGUUGAAGCUCUCUGCUUUGACUUCGCAGCUGGAGAUUUUCAGAGCAUGCCAAAAAUAAGGUUUCUCAAGUUGGACAAUGCCAAAUUUUCCGGAAAUUUUGCAGGGGCAUUUGCUAGUUUAAGGUGGCUCUGUUGGCAAAGGUGUCCUCCGGAAUUUGAUGCAGAAAAUCUCGUGUUAAGAGAGUUGGCCAUUCUUGAGCUCCCUUGGGGCAAAAUCACGGAAGACUGGGGAGGCUGGAGUAAAAUCAAGAUGGAGAAAUUGAAAGUCUUGAACCUCACCGGGUGUUCCGACUUACUGUUCACUCCCGACUUCUCUGGUUGCCAAGAUUUGGAAAUCCUGAUUCUUGAAGGCUGUUCUCGUUUGGUGAAGCUGGAUCCUUCGAUUCGCCAUUUGAAACGUUUAGUCUCCCUGAAUUUGAAGUCCUGCUCCCGAUUGAACUCGUUGCCAGUGGAAAUCAAUGGUAUGACGGCUCUGAAAGAGCUUUUCAUUGACGGGACUUCUGUACGGGAGAUCCCCAUCUCCAUAGGCAAUUUGAAGAAACUCGAAAUUCUCAGUGGCUUCCAGUGCUUCCCAUUGACUCACCUGCCCAGAUCAAUUUGUUACCUGACUGCUCUCUCCGAACUCUUACUUGAUGGUGCUGAAAUUACUAAGCUCCCAAGCUCAUUGGGGGACCGGCUUAAGCUAAGACGCUUGUCGUUGAGGAAUUGCCGUUAUUUGGAGGAACUUCCAGAUUCUAUUGGUAAAAUGGGGAGCUCGUUAGAGGAGUUGGAUAUAUCAGCGACCUGUAUCUCUGAACUACCCAGUUCAAUAAGAAAUCUGGAAAGCUUGAAAGUGCUGAGAAUGGAUUAUUCUUUCAUAAGAGCAUUUCCUGGGGAGAUUGGGAAUCUAACCAAGCUCGACGAGCUACAUGCUUCCUGGUGUCGGAGUUUGAAGGGGGCCGUGCCUCGUGAUAUUAAGAGGCUACAUCAUCUGAGCUCAUUGACACUGGGGCAUUCCAGUAUUUCUAUUCUACCCUCUGAAAUAUCUGCCCUCUCUAGUCUCCACACCCUUGAUUUACUUCAGUGCAAUGAGAUUGAAGUGUUGCCGCAGCUUCCCUCUUCUCUAAUUCGUCUCCGCGUGAGUUCUACAAGGAUGAAAUCCAUUCCCAUUCUUAAGGAUUUGAAGGAAUUGGAGGAGCUGUGCCUAAGCGAUGAGGACCCGAAGGAACGCCGACCUCCCUCAGAACAGCCGAUGCCAGAAUCCAAUGUGCAACAUCCCUCGCGUAAAUGGUUUUCAAGACUCUGGAACCUAAAGUUUCUCCAAACACAAAGGAUUGACAAACAAUCCUUCUCAAUAGCGUUUCCUAAACUGAGGAAACUAGAAUUGUCUCUUUCACAAAUUAUUAAGCUGAAGUUCAGGCCCACGGACAUUCCUCAGCUCAAAACGCUAAUCCUUUCCAGUCUCAGCCUUGGAAAAGCUCAAUAUAUCAAACUGCAACAUACAAAAUCUCAAUGGGAUUGACCAGUUAACCUCACUGAGAAAUUUGAUUCUAUCCGACUGUGAUGACCUCAGUUGACCUGAUCUUUCAAACUUGCAGUCGCUGAAAGUUUUGGAGAUCAGACGAUGCAAAAUGAUCCGUCAAAUUGAAGGCCUAGAGAAAUUAACGUCUCUGCAAAAGCUGAUUAUCAGUGAAUGUCCGGCUGAGAACUCGGUGCCCGUACAGAACGCGUUGAAGCAUGUAAUGGCACGUUCUAUGGUUACGUGAUGCUGGACUCUCUUCGGUUUUAACUGAUAGCUGUACAUGGCAUCCACCCUGUUAAGGGAAGACGGGAGCAACCUGCGGAAAAACUUAAUGGAGAAACAGGAAUAAGCGAAGAAGGCAAAUUUAUUGGAGUCAAUUUCAAGCUUGACUCCAUUGAAGUCCCUUUAAAGAUAAGUCGAGGCCAAAUCAACUGCCGUGAACAAAAAGCAGUCGCUCCAAGUGAUCAUGCAGGGCAGCCCUCGCCGGCCCUUGGCGAGGGUGGUCUCUUCCAAAAAGAAAAUUGUGCACCGGUUGAAUUUCUCCUCAAAUUUCAGGUGGUAAAAUCUUUUAAGGUACCAACAGAGUUCUCAUUCUUUAUUUACCUACGGGACAAGUUUGUUUUUAGUUAGCAUGUGUCUCCUCACUCCUAGAUCAAGUUUAUGAAUUCCUCCGCCAAAAUCAACGCUGUCAUAGGCUUAUCCGGAAGAAAAGGAUGUUUUGCAUCCUUCGACACGAGCGACAUUGUUAACUUUUUGAUAGUUUUUCAUUAAAUGCUGGUCAUAUUUUCUGGUAUUCUUUCUAA